AUGCCCCACAGCUCUGACAGCAGCGACUCCAGCAGCUUCAGCCAGUCUCCCCCUCCCAGCAAGCAGGACUCUUCUGAUGACAUGAGGAAAGUCCAAAGGAGGGAGAAGAAUCGCAUCGCUGCCCAGAAGAGCCGCCUGAGGCAGACCCAGAAAGCAGACACACUGCACUUGGAGAGUGAAGACCUGGAGAGGCAGAACGCUGCCCUGCGCCGGGAGAUCAAGCAGCUGACGGAGGAGAUGAAGCACUUCGCCUCGAUGCUGAGCUCCCACGAACCGCUCUGCUCCAUUCUGACGUCCCCUCCGCCACCUCCAGAAGUGCUUUACGCCACACACUCCUUCCACCAGCCCCAUAUCAGCUCCCCACGCUUCCAGCACUGAGCCAGCCAGCGGGACAGCAGCCUGCCGGCUCCACUGACGACAAGAAGCAACUUGGUGGGGCUCACUUUUCCAUCCAAAGGAGAGGGACGGACGGACGGACACCCCGUCUCAAAGUGUGUACUCUGAGUGACUUGCCUAAGACUUGCUCCCUGUGCAGAAAUGGCAAAGCCACCAGGAGGCAUCUUCAGGCAGUUUCCAGCUUGGAUCCUGGGAAGAGGAGGCAUUCGCAAAAGGGCAGCAACCCCCUUCCCCGGUGCUUGCUUGGGGAUGCUCACAUGAGCAUGCGGCACCGGCAGCCUCCGUGCGAGCGGCUGGCUGCGGCGCGCAAAAACCAGAGCUCCAGGGAGAGGAACAGGAGCA